AUGAUCGACAGACAAUCACGGCGGAAUAAUGUGUUACUCUUUAACUUACCAGAAGCUCUUAAUGACCCAACCACCUCAAGCUCGGAUUCCACUACAAUUCAAAACAUACUUGAUUUUCUUGAUUUAAAAACCAAACCAAAUUCUGUCACUCGCCUCGGCAAACCUUCUUCUUCUAAUACUACCAAACCUCGACCAGUAAAAUUACGUUUUUCGGAUCAAAAAGAUAUUUUUGAAUUAUUCUCAUAUCAAAAUAAAUUAAAAUCAAACUCUACAUGGAAAGACCUUCGGUUCUCUUCUGACCGUACCAAACAGCAACAAGAAUACAUGUCACACCUUCGCCAAGAACUUCUCAACCGUCAAUCUAAUGGAGAACAGAAUCUCAUCAUUAAAUACAUCAAAGGCACUCCAACAAUUAUCAAUUCAAAAAACUAA